AUGCACAUAUUGGAUUUUCCAACGGAGAUUUUGAUAUUGAUAUCCGAAUUUCUCGAUGACGAGUAUUGCAUCAACGCACUCGUUCAAACAUGUAGACGAUUUUACCUACUGCUGAAUCAUUCCCUAUACCAAUUUAACGUGUGCUACUCGAACGCCUGUGCUCUGGAGUGGGCCGCGAUCAAAGGCUCGGAAGCAACUGCGCGAUAUGCACUAGAAGCUGGUGCUUCUCCUCACGCCACUCACUACGAAGAGUGGCUUCCGACGGCGCUCGCUUGUAUUUAUGGACAUGAACCUAUUGUGCGGCUGUUACUGGAAUACGGAGUCGAUCCAAAUUCAGGUGGAAGCUGGCUUCGAUCCACUGCUAGGGAUAUCAAUAGGGAUGAUGAAGGCUGUCCGUUGAUACUGGCGGCUGGUCGUGGCCAUGAAGAUAUCGUUCAGCUCUUGCUUGAUUAUGGGGUCCCCCCUGGUGUCGAAUUUGUACGCAUUGAUGGUCUUGAUAUCUCACCACUUUCAGUGGCUGUCAGGUAUGGCCAUUUAUCCCUUGUCAAACUCUUCGUCUCCCUUGGCUCUGAUGUCCACAUUGGGGCGUGGUUGGGGGCGAAUAUUCUCACUACCGCGGCCGAGAGGGGCCACUAUGAAGUUGUUCGGUUCUUACUGGAGCCGAAUCCUGAUCUAAAGCAGUCUCCUCAAGAGGCUAGUUAUGCCCUACGCUGGGCGGCUAGUGAAGGUUACUUAGAGAUAGUCGAGCUUCUCCUAGGAGAGCAUGGGAUGAUUCCAAUACCCACCAUGAUCGCCUGGCCUAUAGGUCCAUUGGUCGAGGCUACACAACGUGAAUACCAUGCAGUAGUUGAUAUGCUUCGGAAGUCUAUGGAUCUUCUCGCCUUUAUCACACAUGGUGAGCCUGAUGAUGAUACCCAUAGAGAGCUACUAUUGGUUAGUGCUGCAUGUGGCUGGGAUGAUAUGAUUAAAGAGUUACUUGACCGAGGCUGCUCGUCUGAUUGUCUUGACUGUACGGCUCAGGAAUGGGGCAUGGAAAGAAGGCUCCGGGGACCGAGGUAUCUUUCUAUUGAAGGAUACCCAUUACCUCUAGCGUUGGCAGCCCAUCGAGGCCAUUACAGCGCUUUCGAGCUACUACUCGACCAUGCAAUUAAGUCAGACAAGUCAUUGCUACAUAGAAGACACCCAAUCCCGCUCCUAUCAGCAAUUGACGGCUCCCAGAAACAGAUUGUUAGUAUGCUCCUUGACCACGGGGCAGAUCCGAAUCAUCGAAUCCCCCCACAUAAUGAGCCGGUCUUUUUUGAAGCUGUCCAAGUGCCGGAUAUACUUGAACUAUUGCUCGAUCAUGGAGCAGAUCCUGGACUAACUGCAGAUUAUGGCGCUGAGGGGGUUUACUCCGAAUCAGUGUUCAUGAGAGCGUUGAGCACUGGAAGUCUGGCCGCAGCGCAUAUUCUACAGGAGAGGGCUUCAUUCAUAGAGCCCCGCUUGGGUACGGGCUUUUACCCUACGUCAUUCCUUGAGGCGGCCGCCCAGGGUGGAGAAUUGAUGAUAAAAUAUCUUCUUGACACCGACUAUGAGGUUAUGCCUGGGAGUCACCAAGUUGGGAUGGCCCUAUACACUGUACUAUCUCGAUCAGAUACGUCGUCCUUGACUCUUCUGUUCGAAAGAGGACUAAUCGGCAACUUGACCACAAUCGACAACAAAUAUUUGAUGGCAGUGGUAGAUUCACCAAGCGAAGACUGGGAUGCUGUGGCUGCUACUCUGGACACACUGAUCGCAUAUGGAAUUGAUAUCGAAGGGGCGUCCUACUCCCCUCUGCAUGAUGUUGUUCAUAGGAAAACGUCCAAUCUAUCCCAGUUAUUAUUGGAUCGAGGAGCUGACCCUCUCCGAACUCAUGCACAGCUUGGCAUCACCCCUUUGGGACAGGCAGCGAGGAGGGGGUCGAUGAAUUUGGUGCGAAUGAUGCUGAAAGCUCUAGAGCAGCGGAUUGUUCCACUUGGGGAAUUGAAAGAAAAGUUGGUUGGGGCAGAGAAGCAGGCAGAGUUGGGCCAACAAGAACGUUUGGCAGAAGACGAUGUGCGACCACUUUUACGUCGUUUCUACUGGCGAAAGAAGUUCCAAGACCAGGCUGAGGAGACUGAAAAAUAG